GCCAACUUUGCUGCGCAGAGGGAGGAGGUCCUCCGAGCAUCAGGCCUCAUCCCUGCACAGAGGGAUGGGAUCCUCCAAACAACCAGUGUCCCUGCACAGAGGGAAGGGAUUCUCCCAGCAGCCAUCAUCACGGCACAGAGGGAGGAGAUCCUCCGAGCAUCAGGCCUCAUCCCUGCACAGAGGGAUGGGAUCCUCCAAAAAACCAGUGUCCCUGCACAGAGGGAAGGGAUUCUCCCAGCAGCCAUCAUCACGGCACAGAGGGAGGAGAUCCUCCGAGCAUCAGGCCUCAUCCCUGCACAGAGGGAUGGGAUCCUCCAAUCAACCAGUGUCCCUGCACAGAGGGAAGGGAUUCUCCCAGCUGUCAUCAUCACUACACAGAGGGAGUUGAUCCUCCUGAUGGCCAGUGUCACUGCGCAAAGGAAGGGAAUCUUCCCAACAGCCAGCGUCCCUGCUCACAGGGAGUGGAUCUUCCCAAAGGCCAGUGUUCCUGCACAGAGGGAGGGGAUCCUCCCCACAGCCAGCGUCCCUGUGGAGAAUGGAAACAAUCAUCCACAACCACCUCCCAUCAUCCCCAUGUUGGCACCACUGUUGAAAUGGGAUGGUGGAGUGUGUACUCCACCUGUGGAUUUCUAUUCCAAGAGAAGAGAUGUCCGGCUUAGAUAUGUUGAGCAUCCUGCUAUGAUGUCCAUCACCAAGCCAGAACACUCCGAGGCCAACCCUCAGUGCCAGACUGGCAGCCGGCCGGUGGCUGAGCCCGAGACCCCUGCUGUUCACAAGAACAGUGGAAGCUGGCUCAGCUGGGUCUUUGGGAGUGGAAAAGUUAAUAAGAAGGAGGUUCAUCUACCUGAGGACAAAGACAGAUCUAUUGUCUGGGAUCCAACUCUGCACAGAUGGGUUGACAAAACUGAGCCCAAGGCUGAGAACAAGCUUGUACCACCAACUCCACCGAUGGGGAUGUAUGGAUUUCAGGGGAACCCUGGCAGUGUCCCCCAAAGGAGUGAAUCCUUACUCCAUGAAAGCAGCAGGUCUAUGGGGCAGCAGAUACCCUACAAUGCAUUACACUGAUGGGACCAACUCAAAGCCUCCAAGCCAGGGGCCUGGACCACUUCCUCGACAGCUCUCUGGCCUGCUCCCUCCCUCACACUUUGACCUCAUGGCACCAAUGAUUGUGCCACCUGACACUCUACCCUACUGAUGUAUGAAUCUGGAAAAUCCUUCCAAAAUGUAUCCAUUCAUCAUUAACUGAGCUUUUACUUUAACAUAGCAAAAGGCUGAAGUAGCACGGAUGUUAACUAUUUUUCUUUUUGUCCAACAGGCCAACAGGCAA